AGCCAUGCCGCACGAGCACCAGCACGGCGCAUGCGGCUGCGGCAGCCAUGCCGACGACGCACACCAGCUGCCGGGCGAGGGCGUGCAGGACGUGCUGCUCGGCUGCAUCGACCACGCCGGCGUCGAGGUGCUCAACGAGCGCGUGCGCGGCUCCGGCGCGCGUCUCUUGCGCGCCUACGAUGCGCGCGAGGACGAGAGCCAGUGCUGCGAGAGCGACGUCGACGAGCAGCUGCUGCUGCGCAUUCCCUUUACGGGGCCCGUCAAGCUGCGCGCUCUGCUGCUCAAGAGCGGGCCCGGCGACGAGACGCCCACUCAGGUGCACCUCUAUCCGAACCUCACCCAGCCGCUCGACUUUGAGGCGGCAAACGACGGCGUGCCCAAGCCUGCGCAGGUCGUGGACAGCGUGGCGCUGACGCGCGAGUGUGUCGAGUACCCGCUGCGCGCCUCCAAGUUCGCCUCCGUCAACUCCCUCACGCUCUUUGUGCCCGCCGCGUCGGGCGGCGAGCGUGUGCGUCUCUACUACGUCGGCCUGCGCGGCGAGUACUUUGGGCCGCGCGCCAAGGCGCCCACCAACAUCGUCUACGAGAGCGCGCCGCAGCUCAAGGACCACGCAAAGGUCGGCACCGAGACGAGCCAGCGUCUCGGCUGAGCAGCCAGGCUCGGCGCGCCUUCGCGCGGCCAACGCGGCACCCAUCGGCUCUUUCUCAUCACUCUGUAUCACUACGCCGCCUCAUGUCAGACGCAAUCCCAAUAAUCGCCCUCAGAAAGUGCAU